UUAUAUAUUUAGAAGAUAAAAUUGAAAAAUCACUUUAAAAGUUUCUUUUGUAGAUAACCGUUAUUAUAAAGCAAAGUACAAAGUCGUAGUCGUAUUAAUCAUGAAAACCUGUACUCCUAUAUACAUACCUUGGCGAGUUUAGCCUUUAAAGAACGUAUACUAUAGCAGUCCUGUACUAUAUCAAUACAAAAUAUGCUAAGAGCGAACAUUGGUUAAACCACAUACACCAAACUGAUUCAGUCACAUACGAGUAUCGAUGAGUACUGUACCUAAAAACAAGCAAUAGACUAAUUGUGUAAUACUGAUAUUGUUAAAACUAGCUCUAUGUUUUCUGAUAUCCUCAACCCCAAUAAAAAAAAUGCAAUAUAUAAUUUUAUUGAGGGGGCUUUCAAGUGAUAGGGAAUAAAUAACAUUAUCACACAUGUGCUCUUUACAAAAUAUAGAUUUAAAAUGUGUAUAAAUAGUUAAAUACACACACUAAUCGGCCACACCUCUUCCAACACUCAUAAUCACUUUGGUCGCCAGCUUUCUUCACAUACACUCAAAUAAAAAAACAUCUCUUUCUCCAAACAAAUAAUAAGUAUAUCAACACCUCUCUUAAUUUCUCAGUCGAUCAAUAUCAAGACAUACCAUAUAAUAAUGGUGCCGUACCAAGAGCUCGCUCUGCAGAGAAGCUUCAGCUGUUACACAAGAAAUAUCAAUCCAGAGACCUCUCCGGCGCGUGGCUCUCAUCCCCGUUCUCCUUCCUCCUUCGCUUUGAUCCCAACCAACCCUGAGCAUCAUGAACUCUUCCUCGUACCAAGCCGGAGACUCUCCUCCUCGUCUUCUUCUUCCUCUAGCAGCAUCGUGAAAGUCAACUUGAGGCUUUCUUACUUCUUACGUUAUCUCAUCAACCUCAUUAACCUACCCGUUUGCAACUUCCUCUCGUUUCCUUCUUCCUCCAGCGUUUCUAACCAGAUGAUCUCAUUCGUCACCGGUGGCUCCUCUUCCCUCGGGAAAAGAGUCACAGGGACGUUGUAUGGACAGAGAAGAGGCCACGUCACGUUUUCAGUCCAGUACGGUCCGAGUUCCAACCCAGUGUUUCUCUUGGACCUAGCCAUGUCAACGGCAACUCUAGUCAAAGAGAUGUCGUCUGGACUCGUCAGGAUCGCGUUGGAGUGCGAGAAACGUCACCGGUCGGGUACUAAGCUUUUCCACGAGCCUAAGUGGACCAUGUAUUGUAACGGGAGGAAGUUCGGUUACGCGGUGUCGCGUGGCGGCGCGUGUAAAGAGUCGGAUUGGCGCGUGUUGAACACGGUAUCUAGGGUUACGGUUGGAGCUGGAGUUAUUCCGACGGCGAAGAGUAUUGAUUACGCGUCAGGUGGUGGAAAGGAGCUUGGGGAGUUGUUGUAUAUGAGAGGUAGAUUUGAACGAGUCGUGGGGACUCGUGACUCGGAGGCGUUUUACAUGAUGAACCCUGACAAAAACGGAGGUCCUGAACUCAGUAUUUUUCUUCUUAGAAUAUAAGUAAAACAAAUAUGUUUUUAACUUAUUACACAAUGUGAAAAUGUCCUUGGUGACGUUUUAAAACAUUAGUGAUGAAUGUAAUGUUGUUUCAUGAAGUAUAUGUAAUCGAUAGUGAGAAUGCCUAGGAGGGUGUGUUAGGUUUUUCUAAUUGUUUAUUUGAUGUGGUAUAUUUGUUCUUCUUUUUCUUUUUCUUUUUCUUUUUACUUUCUACAGAAAUUUUAUGUAUAAUUGCUUUGGUUAAGUAUCAAGAAUAUGAUUAGUAUUUGGUUGUC